CCCCCCCCCCCAUCCCCGACUCAGCCUCACAAGCUGUCAUGGCGGCCAGGCUGUUAAGUUUAUACGCUCGCCGGCUUUUGGCAGCAGCGGCUAUACGAGAGCUCCCGGCUGCCCGCGUUCGCUGGGAGUCCUCCAGGGCUGUAAUCUCCCCGUCUGCUGUGGAGAGAAAGCGGUCACAAGAACCGACCACACUCUGGCAGGAGGACCCAGAACCCGAGGACGAAAACCUCUACGCGAAGAACCCAGACUUUCACGGCUAUGACCAGGACCCUGUGGUGGACGUCUGGAACAUGCGAGCUGUCUUCUUCUUUGGUUUUUCCAUCGUCCUGGUCUUUGGUACCACUUUUGUGGCAUAUCUGCCUGACUACAGGAUGCAAGAGUGGGCCCGCCGGGAAGCUGAGAGACUUGUAAAAUACCGAGAAACCAACGGUCUCCCCAUCAUGGAAUCCAACUGUUUUGAUCCCAGCAAGAUCCAGUUACCAGAAGAAGACUGAUGAAUUACUGAGUGGGCUUAAAAAGCGCUACUUUGUCUUCCCUGCCUGUUAUCCUUCUGGUUUCUCAGAGUACCUUAUUAAAGGGAUUGAAAGAA